UCUCACUUCUCUCUCUCUCUCUCUCUCUCUCUCUCUCUCUCUUUAAACACAUAUCACUCCUUGCACAUAUCUUUUCUGUACACAGCUCUUGCAUGUUGACCGCUGAAGACGCCUCGAGUGGCUCACGACAAACCGAGAGAUGCACCAUGACAACCGACUCUGUAAACGAACAACGACACCGCCAAUCGUCUUCUGACGACCUUAAUGACACGACGACAUUAACAACAGCAAUAACGACUCCCGAUCAAGAUGCUCAAUUUGACACUGCUGCUAUUACCAUCACCAAUACCGACACCAUGGGUAGUGGUAGUAUCAGCAGUAACAACAACAACAACAGGUUGCAGGAACACUACAAUUCGUCUCAGAUCACAUUGCCAUUCUCGGACAGUGGCGGAUCCAGUCAUCACGAUGAAUACCAACAACAACACUCAUACCAACCACAACAGCAAGUGCGAUAUAAUGUCACAGCCCCAGCACCUGUUCCUGAACGUACAAUUGUGAAACGGCCAUCGGAUGAAUCCAUUCGGUCCAACUUUUCAACCACGAGCUCAGUGUUUAGUACAGCGAGUAAAAUAUCCAGACUGCCACAUGCAGUCAAGUCGUCCUUUGUAUCUGUCAAAGAUUUCAUGAAAUCAAACCGGUCAAGGGCCAAACGAUUAACCAUAUCGCAUGGCACACCUUCUUCGAAUGACCCUGUGCAUCAACAACAACAACAACAGCCACCGCAUUCACCUCAAUUUUCACCACAAACGAUCCAUUACUCAACACCAGGCACGUCGCCUUAUUCGGAUCGAGAAUCACUCGCGUCACGGUUUCGUCGACGUACACCGAGUACAAUGGGACUGGCGAGUAUGUUUUCGUCGGCGUCGUCCUCUUCAACGUCCAAUAAUAAUCAUCAUAAUAAGGAAUUUGACCAUCGAUAUGGACCAUCACCUUCGUCGGGUAUUAGUCCGAGUGCAUCUACAAGCUACUCAAUCCUGGAAGUCAAAGAUCCGCACCAUGCAAAGUAUGCAAAGCCCCGAACGAGGCAUAUUAUACCCGCUGUAGCAUCAACAACAACAACAACAAGCAAUAGCGGUAAUCAUCGUCACAAUGGACGUAGGAACAGCGUUGUUGGUGUCGCCACACGAUUUUUGAAAAGAGACCACACGAAUAACAACAACAGCAAGAACAACGAUCCGAGCCAAAAUAAUCACGGUGCUCGUAUAUCUGCAAUUAAUGAGGAGGGAGCAGCAGCAGCAGCAGCAGAGUAUGGAUUCAGUGACGACUUCGAGCAGGCCAUCAGACAAGAAGACGACGAAGAAGAAAAAGUAGAAGCAUCACUCUCAUCCACUGGCCAUUCACCAGCGAAUCAAAAGGCAGUGGGUAAACUGCUGUUUGGCGUGGAUAUCGAACAUCAAAUGGAGUUUUUCGAUAAUGAUUUUAGGAAAUCGGCUACUUCAAGCACAAUCUCGGCAGCAGAUGGAUAUGAUCUGGAAUCAGCGCCGCCGUCAUCCGACGCCAAAAGCGAUCACAUCACUUCAAAAUCUUCCACACAUGAAAUUGUGUGGAGUCGGCAACGGGCUAAAUCAUGUCAGGUAAACAAAAAUAAAAAAAAAAACAUUCAUCUACACAGAUCGGGCGAGGCUGACGAUGGUGGUCGAGAGAAAGGGGAGUUGGAUCAGAUUGGAUGAUGGGGUUGGGGGCUGGAUUUGUUUUUUGUUGCCAGGUUCUUGUUGGCAUGUUGCUAAAAGAUGGGGUGUCUUUGUCACGACACGAAUACGAAUGAAUUAGGAAACCAAGGUGCCGUCAUUACGACAACUGGCCAAGGGACAAUAUGCUUCGACUGCAGCACUCGCUUCGCACACCUCACCACCUCCACCUCCACCACCUCCUAUUCCGUCGUGUGCACUAGAUAUCAAAGCAGACGACACGAAUCCAUUCAAGGCGAACAUAU